AUGGUCACGGAGGAAAUGCAGGGUGUGACAUAUAACGGGACCAUUGUUCUAGAAUUGCAGGUUGGGAAACUUGUGGAAAUUUCCUCAAGUGUGAGCCUCAGCAGCGACUUCAUUGCUGGCUUUUGUGGUGAGACGGAGGAAGAUCACGUCCAGACAGUCUCUUUGCUCCGGGAAGUUCAGUACAACAUGGGCUUCCUCUUUGCCUACAGCAUGAGACAGAAGACACGGGCAUAUCAUAGGCUGAAGGAUGAUGUCCCGGAAGAAGUAAAAUUAAGGCGUUUGGAGGAACUUAUCACUGUCUUCCGUGAAGAAGCAACAAAAGCCAAUCAGAUCUCUGUGGGCUGUACCCAGCUGGUGCUAGUGGAAGGGCUCAGUAAACGCUCUGCCACUGACCUGUGCGGCAGGAAUGAUGGAAACCUUAAGGUGAUCUUCCCUGAUGCAGAGAUGGAGGAUGUCAAUAACCCUGGGCUCAGGGUCAGAGCCCAGCCUGGGGACUAUGUGCUGGUGAAGAUCACCUCGGCCAGCUCUCAGACACUUAGGGGACAUGUUCUCUGCAGGACCACCCUGAAGGACUCCUCUGAAAAUUGCUGACCUGAGAGGAUGGCCUCAGAGCUGACUUGGGCAGUCCUCCCCAACAGGAAGGGGAGACAUUGCCAGUCGCUGAGGAAAGAGGUCAUGAAGCUGUGGAGAUAAGCUGCAAGGGGUGAAGCAACUUUAUGUCAGUGGAAAACGUGUCUCUUUAAAGCUGCUAUGUGAACAGCUUUUAUAGUCAUUAAAUUUACCUAAACUAAAGUUAA